AUCGGUUGUUGAUAGACGGACCUUAGUUUUCGAGCACGCGCCGAAACGUUGCAUUAGGCGAAUGGCCACGUGGCGCAAGCUGCAGCGAAUCGCGAGUUAAUCAGCGAUCAUGUAGUGGAAUUUCCUCGUAGAUCGUGGAACUCGUCUGAUCACACGCCCCGUUGAACGUAACAGGAUAAUCGGACGCGGGUGUUUCUCAGUAUCUGAUAUAAUUGUAAUAUAUGCAUACGUUGUCGGUCGUAAUCGGAUUUUUUUAAAGCUUGUCUUUUUCGGCGCUGCUUCCCAACAAUAAACUGAAUUACCGUCGAAGCAAAAAGGGAAUAAUCAUCAGGAGAAAAUCAUGACUGACAAUGAGAAUAAUAAGGGAAAUCGCGUUGUUUUGGUAACGGGAUUUGGCCCGUUCGCAGGGCAUCCGAAAAAUGCGAGCUGGGAAGCGGUUAAGGAACUCAAAAAUUCGGAUCUUGAGGAUGUCUGCAACGUGACCAUGGUCACAAUGGAAGUUCCGGUAGCUUAUGAGAGUGUCUCACAUCUGAUACCGAAACUAUGGUUGGAGCACAAACCCAUGCUUGUGGUGCACAUUGGUGUUUCCGGCAUGGCGAAUUGUCUGGAGUUGGAAUGCCGAGCGCACGGAAGUGGCUACAAUAAAUUGGACGUAUUUCAAAGCCUUCCGAUUGCGGAAAACGAAUUACUAGAGGAUCCCGGUGAAGUUAUAGAGACCGGUAUAAACGUAAAGAGAAUUUGCGACGAGCUGAAUUGCCGCGAUGAUUCGAUAUCUUCCAACGACGAGGGCUGCAGAGCCGUUUUGUCAAAAGACGCAGGCUUGUAUCUCUGCGAAUACAUAUUUCGCAAGUCUCUUGAGAUACGAUCUGACAAUACGAUUUUCGUUCAUGUACCCGACCUAAAUGUCUACCCCGCAACUAAAAGCGCCAAGGGAUUGUACCACGUGAUACGACUGGCUCUCGAAGAGCUUGACGCUGCUAAAAAUUGAUCUAAUCUUAGUAAAAAAAAAAAAAAAAACGAUCGAGACAAAGGGAAAAAUUUGUUUCGCAUUGAAUUUAAAAUAAUC